AAAUCACUGUGACUGCGAUCGUCUGAAGUUGUUUGUCUAUUAAUCAAAGUCUGUCAAUCGAUAGCCAUAACAAAACAAACUAGAAUGGAAGAACCAACAAUUAAGCCUGUGCAAGCGAAAAAAAUGCGGAAAUGGUUUGAUAGUGAAGUUGACAUUUUAUUAAAAUCAUGGAAAAGUAAUUUUCAUAUAAAACGGCAGGAAAACCCUAGACGUAAAAGUCUAUUCUACGAUGCAAUUCGUAAAGAUCUUUUGAAACAUGACUAUGAACGAUCAGUGCAUGAAAUUAUGGUUAAAACUCAUACUUUACUGAAAUCUUACAGGAUUAAAAAAAAAUCCAUUUUGAAGGAUGGCAGAGUCGGAAAUUUUCCAUUGUUCUUCGAUCUGAUUGAUAUUGAGAAAUUAGAAUUACAAACAGAAUCUGAAGUGGAUCCAUCUGCACCAUCUGAUGAAAAGAGCGAAGAAAUCAUUGAAGAAGUAAAUGAUCCUGAAGAGGUUCAAAUAAUUGAAGGUCUUCCAAAUCUUAGUUCUGUUCCUGAAUCAACUUCCCAGGCUUGCUCCAUAGAUAAUCAGUCUCAAAGAAAAGAUGAAGAUGUUCCGAAGGAAGUAAAUAACCCAGAUCCUCCAAGCAAUGAUUUACCAACCACCACAAAAGAAGUCCUUGUGAAUUUUUUUAGAUCAUUUCGACAAGUCAGUCAUCAGCUGAAAAAGAAUGAUAGAACGUUAUUGGCAUUACUUAGAGAACAAAAUGACAUCUUUAGAACUCAAAGUACAUUAUUAAAGAAGUUCAUAACACAAGAUUGAAUAUUUUCAAGCAACAAAUCAUUUUUAUUUUAUUGCUGUCAUGUAUAUAUAUGCUCUACAGAUUUAUAUGAUGUGAAAAAAACAUCUAUAAAACGUUUUAUCCACUCAUUUUUGCAUUUAUGAUUGAGAAACCAAACUACCAAAAAUUUGCUUAAAUAUGAAAAUGUUUAAUUGUAAUCAUUAAAGACUAUUAACUACAAUU